UUUCGGACAAGAAUAUCCCUCAAGACAUUGGAAUAAGACAAACCCUAUCCUUGGUCUGUUCCUUCUUUCUUAUUGUCUCCCCGCAUCGUACGCCGCCGACACAGCUUCGAAUCGCUGCCAAGUGCUAACAAACGCCUCUGAGUCUCUGACACCAACGCAACUCUCUCUGCUCACAUACACGUGUGAUCGCAGUUUUGAAGGAGAUGGUGAACGUGAUGGAGUGGCAGAAGCAGCGUUGGCAACCGAAUGGGAACGCGGAAAUGAUGUACGUGAAAGUGAUGACCGACGAACAGCUCGAGACUCUGCGCAAACAGAUUGCAGUUUACGCAACCAUCUGUGAACAACUCAUCGAAAUGCACAAAAACAUCUCCUCGCACCAAGAUCUUGCAGGGAUUAGGCUGGGGAAUAUGUAUUGUGAUCCAUUGUUGGGGUCUGGUGGGCACAAAAUAGCUUCAAGGCAGCGGUGGACUCCGUCCGCUAUGCAGCUUCAGAUUCUUGAGCGAAUAUUUGAUCAAGGGACUGGAACCCCCACCAAGGAAAAGAUCAAGGAGAUCACUAAUGAGCUCAGCCAGCAUGGCCAGAUUUCUGAGACCAAUGUGUAUAAUUGGUUCCAGAACAGGCGUGCUCGCUCCAAAAGAAAGCAGCAGAAUGUGGCACCUAGUGCUAAUGCUGAAUCGGAAGUGGAGACUGAGGUUGAUUCUAAGGAUAAGAAGACAAAGCCGGACGAAUUUCAGUCCCCUCCUAGCGUUUCUGCUGUGCCUGCUGAUGAUAAUUUAGGCUUCCAGAACCAUGGCAGUUUGCAGUACUUGAAUCCAGAGUCCAACAAACCAGAUUCUGUGUUCCCAUCUGAUGCAAGUUUAAGAUCUACAAGAAAUUUCAAUCAUGUGCCUGUUUUUGAUGGGCUGCUAUCGAACUCAACGAGUGACUAUCUUACUGGAAAAAUGGAAGCACCUGAGAACUACGACUUAUACCAGCCAGCAGGCGACUUCAACAUGGCAGGUUGACGUCCAAUGUAAUUUCUGAAGACUGUGAUUAGCUGUAAAGAAUUGCUGGUGUGGUUUUGGGCUUGUGUUGAUGUGAAAAGUUGAACCAAUUGAAGCAUGAAACUUAUAGUUUAUAGUAUAUAGAUAAAAUGAUCUUUUAUAAUGGUAGGCGGACAUUUUACUUGAUAAUUGAAUAUAAUUAUGAGUUAAUAUUGAUAUUGUGAAGUUGGAUUUUUUCAA